AAAGGAGCAAACCUUCUCCAGAGCAGACACAGCGGACCAAGAGUCCUAAACUCAGCCGAGAACAGCCAUCACCGAGAAGCUUCAGCUGAUGAGGCCAAGCUAACAACUCCUUGCUCCCAACAAAUUGUUGAAGACAUCCUCUCAUCUUUUCUCUCGCAGUCUAUCGACUUGCUGUUUCUUCAGACUUCUUCACCAUGCCUCCUCAGAUCCAGUCACAGAACCAGAGCGGUCUCAGGAUCCUGCAGGGCGAGCUCAGUGCCCUCAGCCCGGCGGUCAGAGAGUUUGUGGAGACCAAUGUGACCCUGUGCCAACCCGAGUCCCUUCACAUCUGCGAUGGCUCGGAUCAGGAAAACCGAGCCAUUCUAACUCAGCUGGAGGAACAAGGGAUGAUCAAGAAGCUCACCAAAUAUGAGAACUGCUGGUUGGCUAGAACAGACCCAAGAGAUGUGGCUAGAGUCGAAAGCAAGACGGUAAUCGUGACUAGGGAGCAGAGAGAAACGGUGCCCACGCCACUGGGAGGUGGGACCAGCCAAUUGGGGCGUUGGAUGUCCCCAGAGGAGUUUGACAAAGCCAUGGCUCAAAGGUUCCCUGGCUGCAUGAAAGGUCGCACCAUGUAUGUGGUUCCCUUCAGCAUGGGCCCCGUCGGUUCUCCCCUCUCUAAGAUUGGCGUCGAGCUGACUGAUUCCCCCUACGUGGUGGCCAGCAUGAGGGUGAUGACCCGAAUGGGGAAGACUGUGCUCAACGCACUGGGAAACGGCGAGUUUGUCCGCUGUUUGCACUCCGUCGGCUGCCCUCUACCACUUAAAACACCCCUGGUAAAUAACUGGCCCUGCAACCCUGAGCAGACCCUCGUCGCCCACAUCCCAGAACGCAAACAAAUCAUCUCAUUUGGCAGCGGUUACGGCGGAAACUCCCUCUUGGGAAAGAAGUGCUUCGCUCUCCGCAUUGCCUCACGAAUUGCCAAGGAAGAGGGCUGGCUUGCUGAGCAUAUGCUGGUAAGCAACAGAUUCCUAGGCAUCACCAAUCCUGCUGGAGAGAAGAAGUACAUGGCAGCAGCCUUCCCUAGUGCCUGUGGUAAAACCAACCUGGCCAUGCUCUGCCCAACACUGCCUGGCUGGAAGGUUGAGUGUGUCGGAGACGACAUCGCCUGGAUGAAGUUUGACAACCAAGGCAACUUGCGCGCAAUCAACCCUGAGAAUGGAUUUUUUGGUGUUGCGCCUGGUACAUCAGCUAAAACCAACCCCAACGCCAUGGCGACCAUUGUUAAGAACACCAUCUUCACAAAUGUGGCAGAAACCAGUGAUGGUGGCAUUUACUGGGAGGGAAUGGAGCAGGAACUGCCUGAGGGAGUCACACUCACAUCAUGGAAGAACAAGCCCUGGAGUUCAGAAGACGGGGAACCCUGCGCUCACCCCAACUCUCGCUUUUGCACCCCAGCAAGUCAGUGUCCUAUUAUUGACCCACAGUGGGAAUCACCAGAAGGAGUCCCCAUUGAAGCCAUCAUCUUUGGAGGCAGGAGGCCAGAAGGUGUUCCUCUGGUGUAUGAAGCCUUCAACUGGCAACAUGGAGUAUUUGUUGGCGCAGCAAUGAGGUCAGAGGCCACUGCAGCAGCUGAACACAAAGGCAAGGUAAUCAUGCAUGACCCCUUUGCCAUGCGACCCUUCUUCGGCUACAACUUUGGCCAAUACCUCUCUCACUGGCUGAGCAUGGCCGACCGCCCCGGUGCCACGCUGCCCAAGAUCUUCCAUGUCAACUGGUUCAGAAAGAGCCCCAAAGCUGGCUUCCUCUGGCCUGGCUUUGGAGACAACAUCCGCGUUUUGGACUGGAUGUUCAGGCGAGUGGAUGGCAAUACCGGCGCCAUGCCUUCCCUGGUGGGCUACCUGCCCUGCAACGACUCCCUGAACCUCCAGGGCCUAGAGGGAAAGGUGAACUUCAGUGAGCUGUUCUCCUUGGAACAUGAGUUCUGGCAAAAAGAAGUGGAGGAAGUGAGAAAGUAUUUCACCACACAGGUGAAUGAUGACCUGCCCAAUGAGGUGGGCCAUCAGCUGGAGCUGUUGCAGCAGAGGGUGAAGCAGAUGUAAUGAGGAAGAAAGCAUGGGUUGGGUAUUUUAAAUGGAAACUACAUGGAUUUUGGUCUUCAGCUUUGUCAGUUAUAAAUGUACUGAAAUUCAAAAAGCUAGUUGGAAUUUUAAAAUAUUUCUUCAUAAACUUUAAUUUCACAACCUUUAUGAGCAAUCCUUCUUUUAAUAUUUUUCCACGUUGUUUUCCUCUCUGUUACCUAGCAAGAAAUACCUAAUGAUGAUACUUUUCGGCAUGACUAAUUUCCUCCAGAAAUAUUUAUUUUCCAUCCAUAUGCUGUUGUAGCAGGACUGUGUAUUUAAAACCAAUUGCAAUAUGUUGUCCUACUCCGUGUAUGUCUAUUUAAAGAUAACUUAUUUGAGCUAUACGUCAUAGUUUCAUAACCAUGUAAUUGUAUGUGGUCCUUUUUAUGGCUCUGUUCCCUAUUUAAAGGGACAACUGUUUUCUGUUCAUGUUAUUUGAUGUCUUAAUUUAUUUUUAUACAACACUGGUGAUGUUUUGUUCUGUUUAUUAUAAUUUGGAUCUCUUAAAUGAGAAGACAGCAAUAAAUGCAUUUGAAGAUA